UUGUGUAGUCGCGAAGAUGAGCUACAGCAUGGAAUAUCUCACGAGCUCUCCGCAUAGGAGGGCACAAGGUGACUUCCUUCGAUUUCAGCCUAAAAACCUUGGAUCGUCCUCUACAGGGAUGUCGUUUUCCAGGAGCUCUGUCAGCGCUGGGUCGUCUGCGUUAUUCAAACAGAGCAGUCUGAUUCAAAAAAAAGAAUACAGUUCUCAUGUUCUCAGAUCCACUGAUAGCACAGACCUUGUAAACCAGUUUAAAUUGCCGAAUAUAAACGAGAAGCAGCUUCUCCAGGGGCUUAACGACCGCUUUGCGGGCUUUAUCGAAAAGGUUCGUCAUCUUGAAAGCCAGAACAACAUUUUGGAAAAUGAGAUUCAGGAACUGAGGAAAAAGCAAGUUUCUCUGUCCUCGCUGUCUGAAGUUUACGAUCCUGAAAUCAAAGCGCUAAGACAGCUUGUCGGUGAAAUCACCUCUCAAAAGGCUCAGAUUGAGCUCGAGCAUUAUCAUUUGGAGGAAGAUAUUCACCUUUUGAGGGGAAGAUGUGAAGAGGAAGCUCGCAGUAGAUCAGACACUGAGGCCAGCAUUAUGACACUGAAGAAAGAUAUUAAUGACGCACACCUCUCCAAACUGGAACUGGACAAAAAAGCUCACUCUCUGAUGGAAGAAAUACUUUUCUUAAAGAAAAACCACCAAGAAGAGGUAUCGGAAAUGAUGGCCCAAAUCCAUGAUGCGCAACUUACUGUCACUAUGAAAGAUUUUGGAAAGCCUGACAUCACUGCGGCUUUGAGGGAAAUCAGAAGCCAGCUUGAAGGUCACACCAAUAGCAACAUGCAACAAGCAGAGGAAUGUUUCAGAGCCAGGGUAGCUAAAUUGACAAAAGCUGCUGAAGUGAAUAAUGAAGCUCUCCAAGUCAGAAGAGAACACAUCCACGAGCACAGACGCCAGCUGCAGUCAAAAAGCAUAGAACUGGAAACAGUUAAAGGCACCAGGGAAUCUUUAGAGAAGCAACUCGGUGCGCUUGAAGAGAGGCACGAUGCGGAAAUCAGUCAUUACCAGGAUGCUAUCCAACAACUGGAGCAUGAGCUUAAACACACACAGUAUGAUAUGUCAGCUCACCUGAGAGAGUACCAGGAUCUUCUGAAUGUCAAAAUGGCCCUAGAUGUGGAGAUUGCUUCCUACAGGAAACUUUUGGAAGGUGAGGAAGCAAGAUUUUCUUCAGUUACUGCAGGUCAUGUUCCAGCCUCAUACGAGUACAAACAAUCCUCUGUCUACACUGUGCCAAGUUUCACAAGGCAGAAAACUACCACUAAGAAGGUGGAACCACAGUACAAGUUUGUUGAGGAGAUCAUCACAGAAACAACCAAAGAAGUGGAAAUGACAGAGAUUGAUGACACUGAUACCGAGGAAAUAAUGAGUGAAGAAGAAAGGAUUGAAAAGGAGAGUCCAGGGGAUGAGGUGGAAACAACAACUGACAUUGGAGAGGCUCAAGAGGAUGGAGAGGAAUUGGACACUGUAGAAGCAAAGAAACACAAGGAAGAUGAACAAGAAGACAUCUCAGCUGAACCUAUGGAUGAGGAGGAAACUGCAGUUAGAAAAGGUGAUGAAAAAGCAGCUGAAGCUGAAGUUGCAUCAGAAGCUGUAGAAGAGACAGUUGCAGAAGACACCAAGGAUGAGAAAGAAGCAAAAGAAGAAAUCACAAAGGAAUCUACAGAUGUAGCAGAAACAAAAACAGAUACUAAAGUAGAGGCACCAGAAGAUGAGCCUUUAGGAGAUCCAAAAUCACUGUCCAGUGAAAUGACACCAGAAACAAAUGAAUGUGAAGAGUCAAAAAAGGUACUGACUUCAGAUAACAAAACUGAAGAGGUAAAACAAGUAGACAAAACAGAAGACACAAAAGGGGAGAGCUGUGUAACAAAGAAAGAGGAAGAUACAUCUGAAGAGAAAAGUGUCACAGUAGAGGAUGAGGUUAUUAAGCCAGAAAAGAAAAGCCCUCUUGUGGAAAAGACAGCAGAAAAAGCAAUCCAUGAACACACUGAGGAACAAGAUACAGUGGAACCAAAGGAAAUGACCAGUGCAUUGGAAUCAACAGAAGAACCUGACAAAACAGAAGAUAAAAUAACCACCAGCGUCAAAGUGGAAUCCAAGGAUAUUCUGAAAAAGGAGGUGGUGAGCCAAUCAAAAUCAGAAGAAGAGGGUGCUUCAGAACCUGAGAAGACUGAAGAGAAAGCAACCCCAGAUAUUGAAGCAGCACAGGAAGACAUUCCAAAAGAGGAGACUGUAAGUGAAUUAAAAUCAAUAGAAGAAGAAACUUCAAAAUCUGAAAAGACUGUAGAAGAGGUUACCAUGGAUUUCAAAGUGGAAAACAAGGACCUUAUAAAAGAGGAGAUGGUCACCCAGACAAAAUCUGAAGAAAAGGAUGCUUCAAAACCACACACACCUGAAGAGAAAACAAAGGCAUUUAUUAAGGUGGAACCAGAGGAUCUUCAGAAUGAGGAGUCAAUGAGCCAACAGAAAUCAGAAGAUGUUGCUUCAAAGCCUGGCACACCCGAAGAGAAAAUAACCCCAGAUAUCAAAGUAGAAGAAGAAAUUGUGAAACAGGAAACUUUGAUUGAAUUAAAGUCAGGAGAAAAGGACAUUUUGAAACCUGAAAAGACUGAAAUUAAAGACUUCACAGAUGACAAGGUGGAAGUUAAAGACCUCCCAAAAGAGGAUACAGUAAGCCAAUUGAUACUAGAAGAUGUUUUGAAGUCUGUCAAACCUGAAGAGAAAGCAACCACAGAAAUCAAAAUAGAAACCAAGGAAAUUCAAAAGGAGGAGAUGGUUAGUGAAGUGAAAUCAGUAGAUAUUGCUCUGAAGUCUGACAAACCCAAAGAGAAAGCAACCCCAGAAGAUGAAGAGUUAAAAGCAGACAAAAUUCUAGAGGAAGGGGAAAAAUCUGAUUCAGAAGAAGACCAAAAGCCUGUAUUAAUGCUGUCUCCAAAGGAGGAAAAGAAAGAGGACAGCAUUACAGUACUAAGUGAAGGAAAAGAUGAAAAACCUUCCAAUAAACAAGAGAAAUCUACAGAGGAGAAAGGGGAGGUAACAUCUGAAGAGAAAGUGAGAACACAGACUGAUACCAGCAUGGAAACAAAACCCCGGGAGAUGCCAACAGUAAAGGAGUCACCUGCUGAUAGCUCAGAGAUGGAGAAGCCAGAGGAUUCAAAGGAGAAGGAGCUGACUGGAGAACAAGAGAAAGUGCAGGAAGGGUCAGAGAGCCCAGAUACUGAAGCACAUAAAAAGAAGAUUGGGGAUUCCAAAGAAGAAAAAACAGUGGAGGAGGAAGUGCCAUCUCCAAAGGAAACCCCUGUAAAAGAAGACAAACUCUUGAUAGAUGGCAUGCAAGAAAAAACAGAGCCUGAAAAAAAAGUGAAAGAAGGAAAAGUCACAUCCACAACACAAGAGAAUGGUCUUGAUGAAAGUGAAGACUUGAGCGAGGAGAAGACAAUCAACACAGAGGAGACAAAAUUGCCUGUAAAGGAGAGUCAGGUAGAAAAGAUAAAAGCAAUACAAGAAGAGCCCAAAACCUCUCAAACUGAUACAAUGCUAGACAGUGACAACAAAAAGUAAUAUGGUGAAAAAAAAAAAAAAAGGUUUAAAAUAGAACUUAAAAAUGCAUGUGGCAAGCUAGUCUUUCAGGGUCUAAGAAAUAUGGAAAAAUGUAUGUAUUUGUGUGAAGAAAUACUUUAAAGAAUAUGAUUAGAUUCUUGAUGCAUGAAAAUUGUAUAAUGUACCAAAUAGGCUGUCAAGAUUUGCAAAUGUUAAUUACCGGUGCUAUGUAAUUAAAUUUUAAUGAGUUCUAGCUUUGUAUUGACUGUCUGAAAGACAUGAGUGUAACAAUGCCUAUGAAUGGUAUCUACAAUAAUGCUUUCUAGAUAUAAGAAUAAAUGUAAUUUGCAGAGAAUGCUAUUGUUCUUAGAUUUUGGUUGUCUUUAGUGAAUGGAUCAAUUAA